UCGGAGCGGGACUUCCUUCGGGGAUCCCGCUGGAGAAAGCGACCCGAGUGUGGAGGUGACACGUCGGAGCCGGAGUGGAAGGUGGCCAAGGCGAGGCAGGGCGGAGGAAGGUCUCCCCACCUUCUUCCGUCACUUUUGCAAUUGCAAAGAGGAAACUUCAGCCCCCCGCGGGGGGAGGGAAGCUAGAUUGCGGCUGAUCCCGGGAAUCCUCGCUCGGGGGGAUGGAUCUUGCAAGAUCCUUCUAAAAGGCUUGCGGCGCUCAGAAAGAUCCGCGAGCUCAGUUGGGCAGAGAGACCUCCCUGCCCUGCAAAAAAAAAGUCCCUCUGGAGAGAACUCGCCCGGAGGAGCCCUCCCUGCGAGAGUAAGCCGCCUGCUGGGUCCACUCUUGUGGCUUCUUCUGAUCCGAGCCGGUGGAAAGGUGAGCGGGCGGCCAGCCAAGCGGGCAGAGGGCAACGCUGCCUAGCAAGCGGAGCCACGCCUUCGCCCUCGGCGCGCUGCUCCGAGAAAAGUGCACCCCCCCCCCACCCCAAAAAAAAGCAUCCCCAGGUCCCUUGCUCCUCUGCAGCAUGACUUUCAAUGCCCGGGUUGCAGCAGGUCCAAGUUAGCAGCUUGGGGCCGUCUAUGGCAGGCGCUGAUGCUGCUACCCUGAUGCUGACGGUCUGCGAGUGAAGCUUGGAGGGCACGUGGAAAUCCCCCCACACACACCACCCUCGAGGAAGGGACUAUGGGCAACGGGAUGUGCUCCCGAAAGCAGAAGCGGAUCCUGCAAACCCUCUUGCUCCUGACCGUGGUCUUCGGCUUCAUCUAUGGGGCGAUGGUCUACUACGAGGUGCAGAGCCAGCUGCGGAAGGCGGAGGCGGUGGCCGUCAAGUAUCAACAGCACCAGGAGUCCCUCUCUGCUCAGUUGCAAGUUGUAUAUGAGCAUCGAUCAAGACUAGAGAAAUCUUUGCAAAAGGAGAGGCUUGAACACAAGAAAGCAAAAGAAGACUUCCUUGUGUAUAAAUUAGAAGCACAAGAAACACUAAACAAAGGAAGGCAAGAUUCCAAUAACAGAUACAGUGCCCUGAAUGUGCAACACCAGAUGUUGAAGAGCCAACACGAAGAACUCAAGAAGGUGCACACAGACCUAGAGGAGGAACACCGCAACCAGGCGCAGGACUUCGGCAGAGCAGUUAAUGAGCACAAGCAGAGAUACAUGGAGAUGCAGCAGGAGAAAGAGCAGGAACUCUCCAAGCUGAAGGAAUCUCUGUAUAAUCUGCGAGAGGAGAACAGGCAGCUGAGAAAAGCUCACCAAGAUAUUCACACACAGCUUCAAGACGUGAAGCUGCAGCAUAAGAAUUUACUCUCCCAGCAUGACCAGCUUGUAGUGACAUUGGAAGACCACAAGAGUGCGCUAGAAGCUGCGCAGUCCCAGGUAGAGGAAUACAGACAACUAAAGGACACCCUUAAAAAGAUGCCGAGUUUCCAAAGACCUGAAAGUUUCCACCCGCCGCAUGUUGUGCAAGUGACGCCCGUGCCUUCGCCCUCAAGCGAUUCGAACGUACACGACUCAAACGUGGCUGAACACCAACAGGAGGUAACACUGAAUGGGGAGCAUCCUGAAGAAGCAGAAGAAAUCCACGUCGAAGGACGAGAAGAUAGAGCCGUACCAUUUCAUCGUGGUGGGAAAGCGAUUGAGGGCCAUUCUCACCAGGAGCUAAACAUUCAGCAGAAGCAAGAAGCGGGAGAAGAUGAGGAACAGCGCCUGGAACAGGUGGAAGAGGAGCACAAAAAGGAACUUGAAGAGGAAGAAAUGGAGCAAGCUGGUCAGCCCGAACGCUUAGCGGAGGAUCUGGACCAAACACCAGAGGAGCAUGAAUGGAAGGAGAAGGAAGAAGAAACCAACGUGCUCCAUGAACAUGCUCACUUGGAGGAACCAUCUACAGUGAAGACUAUAACAAGGUACAAAUCAGCCUAUGAAGAACAGCUGGAGCAGCAGCGGCUGGCAGCCCAGAGAGCAGAACAAGCCACUCGCCUGAGGGAACAUCAGGAGUCUUUGCGUCAGGGGAGACUGCAAGAACAAUUGCUGAGGCAGCAGCAGCUUCAAGAGAAGGAGCUGUCCUUUCGUAGGCAGGCCGAACAGGACGAAGAGCGGUUUAAGCACAACCUCAGCCAUCAGUCUCAUUAUGACAAUCUAGAUCAGGAUAUUGUACAAGGAGAGGAUCAUGGGACUCAGGAAGAAGACGAAAACUACGAGCGGCACAACCAGCAUCCCCAAGAAGCGGAGGAGGAGGAAGAUCAAAACAAUGCAAAUGAGCAGCAGGAUCAGGACCACCAAGUAGAAAACGAGCAGAAUGAAGAAGCUAAGCGGAAGGCAGCUGUGGAUGAUGUCAACCCGGCAGAUGACCCCAACAAUCAGGGAGAGGAUGAGUUUGAGGAAGCCGAACAAGAGAGAGAGGAGACGCUGCCUGGGGCGGAUAAGCAUCUGAAACCACAUGACCAGAAACAAGACAACCCUGAGGUGGAAGAGCAUUUAGUGAUGGUGGGUAACCCUGAUCAGCAAGAAGACAAUGUGGAUGAGCAGUACCAGGAGGAGGGGGAAGAAGAGGCCCAGGGAGAUUUGACUGAAGAGAAAAAGCAAGAUCUGGAACACAACGCUGAAGAGCCUUACGGUGAAAAUGAUGAAAAUGCUGAAGAAAAAAUGAACGAUGGUGCAGAUCAAGAAAUUCAAGAAGAAACCAACCCGAAAGAAAGUCACGAUGAAAACUACGAGGAGGAAGAGGAGGAGGACGAAGAAGGCGGUGCCAUGGCAGCCAAAGCCCACAGGCGAGGGGAAAUGUGAAGACCACAGAUGGUUGCUUGACAAAAUUGGUCUCUGGCCUGGAAGCAAAAAUGCAGAUGCUGGAAAAAGAUAGAACUUACCUUCUUAUAUAUCUAUUUUCAAUUUUUUUAAUUGGACGUUCUCGUGCUGUUUAUAUAAAUGCAGUAUUUUGUUAAGUUAGCCUUUCUUUUCUAUCAAUUUGUAUGAGACAAGUAACAAUACAAAAGAGUAUUCUUUUAUCCCCCCCCCUUCCAUAAAUUUGUAGCAUUAUAGUGUAAUUUAUAGCGUAAUUUUAUAGCAUUUGUUUUUUU